AUGCCGUACGUGAUAUAUGGUACUACGGCUAAUAACAGAGCUCGAGCCCAGCGCCGAUUAUCCCUUUACCCGGCGCAGACGAAUUCGUAUCGAUCGGAGCGUCGCUCGGUCUCAGCUAAUGAGAGCGGGAUUUACUACUCAUUAUCCACUUGUGUUGGUGCCUGGGGCGCGAUGAAGACGUCGCGGGGUCGCGGAGCCGCAGGCGCACAAUUUGCCGGCGAGCGGGCAGCGCCGCGCCGCCACACCGACACACGGUCGCGCUGUAGCCCGCAGCGGGCUUUGUACUUGAUCCCGGUAAUUGCAGUCCGGCACACCGGCACCGUGCACCGCCGAUACACCUUCAACCACCACCACCACACGAUCCAGCCAUACAAAGCACCUUCUCAUUAUGAAUUUUGUUGUUACAGAUGGUUGGGUCGUGGCUCCAUGUUCGUACUGUCCGAGGCGCAGGCGCGUGCGCUGCUCCGCACUACGGGGCACGGCAUCGGCGCGGGCGCAUUAGUCGAUGUCGGCGCGGGAGACGGUGAGGUCAGCCGUCGUUUCGCUCACAUCUACCCGCACAACUACGCCACUGAAAUAUCGGCCAGCAUGAGGAAGACAUUAGCCGAGAAGGGAUACAAGCUCUUGGAUACGGAGAAAUGGCACCACUACCGUCAGUUCGAUUGCAUUUGCAUGAUGAACCUGUUGGACCGCUGCAGUAAGCCGAAGACCAUGCUGAAGCAAGCUAGAGACGCGCUGGCGCCCGGUGGAGUCCUCAUGUUGGCACUCGUCUUGCCGUACAAACCUUACGUGGAAGUGACGUCGGAUCAUAAACCAGAAGAACGUCUGCCGAUUGAAGGAGCUUACUUCGAAGAUCAGCUGGCUGCCUUCGUGAAGUUCAUGCGCGAGGAGGCUGGCUUCGAGCUGGUUUCCUGGACGCGAGCCCCUUACCUCUGCGAAGGGGACUUCGCUCAAGCUUACUAUUGGCUCGACGACUCCGUAUACGUGUUCAAACCUACCGCAGUAGACCCCACCACUUAAACAACAAACGUCUUGUAACAACGAAUAUUAUACUCAAGUAUCUUACACCUCGUAACCUAUAUAAGUAACGUUUUUCAUUAAUAAAGGAAAGUUUUUGAAACAACCUUUUGAAUGUUAGUGCUAAACGCGAUAGUGCAGUAUACGUUUCUGAAAUUGGAAACAUAAUGUACUACUUACUACUUAUUAUACAUUUUAUAAGAAUUUGUAUUAAAACUGACUUUUGGCAACUUAAUCAUGGUAUUAGAAUUUUUGUACUUACAUUAAAUGUAAAAUAAUCAGUAUCGUAUACUGUAUGCGCUUGCACAUACGGGUUUACUGUAAAGAUGGUUAGAUUAAGAAGUUUCAAUUUCGUCCUAUUUUGGGCUGAGUGACGUUCUUGUAAGCCAGCAACGCUUUCGCAGAAAAAAGUAUUCAUAAGGUGCUACACACUUGGUAAACAUAAAGGCCUUAAUAUGAGUCUGCUGUACUUUUAACGAGACCGAAACGAGACUACGUUCGGCACUGUGAUUGGCCGGCUCGUUUCAUUAUCGUUAAACGUAAAGCAAACUCGUACUAAGAGCCCAAUUUGUCCAACCAACAAAACGUCUUGUAAUUAAUUACUUAUCUAACAAACCUUGGCUCGUGUAAUCUCAUACUUGGAUUAGUUAAACCAAAGCAUGCUUUUUCGCAUACCGCGACAGCUGGCCAAAGAAAAUGUUAGUGGACCUAUAGGUCUGAAGAUGCGAACGUACAGGUUUAUGGGGCGCGCUCCCUCAAUUGUUACUGGAGGGUGCAUAAGAUUACUUACACAAUUACAUUCCUAGUGUACUUCGUAUUCUAUUGACAUAUGAAAUCAUUUCAACACAUACUUAGCUACAUACAACACUCAUCAAAUACUUAGAUAUUAGUUGAAGGCAUUUACGUUUCAUGUUGUCAAUGUAUUGUUAAUUAUUUAUUUUGCAUGUUUUAUAAUUUGCUUGUUCGUUCGCAAUGUAAUGUUCCUACAUAUCAAUCAAAUUAUUUUGAAUUACGUAUUAUUCAUAUUUUAAGCUUGUUACUAAUUGCCGCAUUCAGAGUCAUUUAAUGGUUACUUAACUCAGCCCUUAGCAAUUGUUUUCGGAAAAGAGUCGUUACUAAGGAAUAGUUUAAAUAAUUGUUAAAUCUCUCUGAUAGCGGCAGUAAAUGUUAUAAAAUUAAUUUAACCCUUCAAACUUCGACGUAAAUAGGUUUUUAAACGUAAAAUAUCGUCAGCCAAUGAGAUGGGAACGUACACUUAGAUGUGUACACAUGAAGUGCUGUUGAUGUUUAGCAGAAUUUUCUUAUGAAAUCCGUAGCUGUUCCGUAGAUGUUUGAAAGUUGUCCGUUUCCGACAAAACGAAAGGUAGUGAAUUCAUCGAAUAAUCUGUACAAAAACAAAAGUAGUUGUAAGAUUAUAUUUUGCUGUUUACGCACAUUGAAGACUCCACUGAAGCGGAGAGGAGAUGAGCAGAGAAUGUCGUUAUUCACACUCCGUUCACCCAUACUAGAUACCACUCACCUGAGAUGCAGAUAUUAUAUCUAGACUAGCUUGUAUGCCUCGAUGUGUCUUCGGAGGAUAUCCCUUGCUUGAAAUAAAAUGCUUUAACCCGUUGUACAUAUGUCGAAACGCAUAUCUACGCGAGACCCAAUGUAUGUUCUAUUGUGUCUCAUACAGAAACAAGAAUAAGUAUAAAUAUUGAAAAAACAUCUGUUCUCGAGUCUGCUUCCGACAUCUUCGCACAUCUCCGUUUUGGUGGAGUCCGAGCAUCGGUAGUAUUGCAAUAUCAUUAGUAAAUCAAUAUAUCUAUAUAAUGCGAUAUUAUUAACCGUGUUUAAUGAUGAUAAAAAUUAGGUGUUUUGUACGUUUUUCUACAGUGUAUUUAUCAUAGUUGUAAAUGCUUAAUCCAUUAAUUGAGCGUAGUAUAGAAAUACGUUUGUGCGACACUACUACAAGCGUAAAGCAUGGUGAAUAGAUUUUUUUAUGCUGAGAGAGCACAUUUCGCCUAAAACUUGGUUGGUAGAAAAUAAUGUCCAUGUGUGUUGUUUUCAUUAAAGAUGCUUUCUGUGAACCAGUCUCUAAAGAGAAGACUUUAAAAUUAAAAAACGUAAAAUAUGCUAUCCAUGAACAGAAUUAUCUAUCAACCAACAGUGCUAACUAUGAGCCGAGAUAUCUACGAAUCAUAUUUUCUAUUUUAGCGAAACGUAUUUCUAUAUUACGACUCUCCCAUCAAAUAAUACUCAUUAUAGUAUAAUUAUGUAUUUUCAGAGAUAUUCUUAUUAUAUCCCCAAGUUAUGGGCUACUUUUAAAUCAUGGUGAAGGCCUAUUUAUUAUUCUGGUAUAGGCAACAUCUGCUGAGAUUGGGGACAAUGUUAUGCACUCAGAAUCACUAUAUAUCAUUACAGAUAAAUAUCAUGAACGGAAUUCUUGAUGAAUCUUUUCAAAUGUUGCCUAUACCUGAAUAUAACUUGAAUUCUCAAGCUAAUAGCGUUAAAAUACUCAUGAGAAGCGUAGUUUGAGAAUUUGGGGACAAACUAAUUGAUAUUUUCGAUAUUUAUAAAUAUAUUAUUAUUAUUGUACUUAUCGUGUACUUAAAAAUUGUGCCAAAUGUGUGUUUCUACUAUAGUACAUUCCACACGUAUAGUUUAUAUUUUGUAUUCAUCCAUUUCACGAUGUUCAAUGUUUGAAAUAGUCAUAAAGUAUCGUAACUUUAGUAUUCUCGUGGCUAUGUCCUUCAUCAUCUGUCUGAUCAUUCCACUGCAUCAUUUGGUUACUUGUCCACUUUAUUAUUGAUGUAAUAUUAAAUGUUUAAAAUAAUAUAAUUUAUCUCCUACA